GAGAGGCACACUGGCUAGGUUGCACCCUGAUAACUGAAGUAUAACAUCGGCGCACCGUCUGUCUCGGGAGGAGGUAGAGAUGUGUCAUUGAUUCAGGUGUCAAUGUGCAUUCAUGUCUUCUUUCUUGCGCAUCAUGGUCGGUUAAUAAAAUCUGGGAAUGCAGAGGAACGACCACUUCUCGUAGUCUCCGUUGGCACGAGCAGCUCGCAAGCAAUGCCCGCACAGCUGCUGUCCGUCACACAAUGUGGAACAUGGCACACUUGAAUAUGCACUGUCUCUCGUGCGGACGCUUUCCACUUUUCCUGUGUCUGUUUCUACCGACACUUGUAUCUCACGCGACUGGAAACAUCUAUAAGAGGUCAAUCGUACCACGGGCGGCGGGCCAUUCGGCGGCCCAACGCGCCGCGGCCCGCUCUGUCGCCCGUAUGGACGGUGAUGUGAUAAUCGGUGCGCUCUUCUCCGUGCACCACCAACCCUCCGCUGAGCGCGUGGCCGAAAGAAAAUGUGGGGACGUGCGCGAGCAGUACGGCAUCCAACGCGUGGAGGCAAUGUUCUUUACUUUGGACCGUAUCAACGCCGACCCGAACCUGCUGCCCAACAUCACAUUGGGCUGCGAGAUCCGGGACUCGUGCUGGCACUCCUCCGUUGCUUUGGAGCAAAGCAUCGAGUUCAUUCGAGAUUCCCUUAUCUCCAUUCGGGAUGAUAAGGACGGAUCUAAGUGGUGUAUCGACGGGACGCCGUCCAAUCAGCCUCCCCCCAGCAAGAAGCCCAUCGCUGGAGUUAUAGGUCCUGGUUCCAGCUCGGUGGCCAUCCAGGUGCAAAAUCUCCUGCAGCUGUUUAAUAUCCCCCAGAUCGCAUAUUCGGCCACAAGCAUAGACCUGAGCGACAAAACUCUCUUUAAAUACUUCCUCCGUGUUGUGCCCUCUGACACGCUGCAGGCGCGUGCCAUGCUGGAAAUUGUUAAACACUAUAACUGGACAUAUGUGUCUGCAGUUCACACAGAGGGUAACUAUGGUGAAAGUGGCAUGGAAGCCUUUAAGGAGUUGGCAGCCGAGGAGGGUCUGUGUAUCGCCCACUCUGAUAAGAUAUACAGCAACGCUGGGGAAAAGCACUUUGACCGUCUGCUUAAGAAACUGCGUGAGCGUCUGCCCAAAGCCCGCGUGGUUGUCUGCUUCUGUGAGGGAAUGACUGUGCGCAGUCUGCUCAUGGCCAUGCGGCGCCGUGGUGUUGCGGGAGAGUUCCAGCUAAUUGGAAGUGAUGGCUGGGCAGACCGUGAUGAGGUGGUAGAAGGUUAUGAGCAGGAAGCAGACGGUGGGAUCACGAUGAAGCUCCAAACUGAGGAAGUGCAGUCAUUUAAUGACUACUUUCUGAAGCUGAGUUUGGACACUAAUACAAGGAACCCGUGGUUUGCUGAGUUCUGGCAGUACCGCUUCCAGUGCCGCAUUCCUGGGCAUCCUCAAGAGAACUAUAACUACCUGAAGGUCUGCACAGGAAAUGAGAGUUUGAAAGACAACUACGUCCAGGACAGCAAGAUGGGGUUUGUGAUCAAUGCAAUUUAUGCGAUGGCUUACGGCCUUCAUGAUAUGCACAGAGAAAUGUGCCCAAACCAUCCUGGCCUGUGUGAGGCAAUGGAUCCCAUUGAUGGCAGUAAGCUGCUGGACUAUAUACUCAAGACCUCCUUCACUGGUGUGUCUGGCGAGGAAGUCUACUUUGAUGAAAACGGAGACUCACCUGGCAGGUAUGAUAUUAUGAAUCUGCAGUAUGUGGAUGAGCUGGGCCGCUAUGACUACAUUAAUGUGGGAUCAUGGCAUGAAGGUCUCCUGAGCAUCAGUGAUUAUAAACUCAUGACGAACCGCACUGAGAUGGUCCGUUCUGUCUGCAGUGAACCAUGCUCCAAGGGACAGAUAAAGGUGAUCCGUAAAGGGGAAGUGAGUUGCUGCUGGAUCUGCACUACAUGUAAAGAAAAUGAAUAUGUUCAGGAUGAGUUCACCUGCAGAGCUUGUGAACUGGGCUGGUGGCCUGAUGACGAACUGGCAAGAUGCAAGCCUCUCCCACUCAGAUACCUGGAGUGGAGCUGUGUCGAGUCCAUCAUCGCAGUGGUGUUCUCCUGCCUCGGUAUCCUGGUAACGUUUUUUGUCACCCUUGUAUUCAUCCAGUACCGUGACACGCCGGUGGUGAAGUCCUCUAGCCGUGAACUCUGCUACAUCAUCCUGGCGGGUAUUUUCCUCGGUUACAUUUGCCCCUUCACACUAAUUGCACAUCCCACUGUGAUCUCCUGCUACCUGCAGCGCCUCCUAGUGGGCUUGUCCUCCACCAUGUGCUACUCCGCCCUCGUAACCAAGACCAACCGCAUUGCCCGCAUUCUGGCCGGUAGUAAGAAGAAAAUCUGCACACGAAAGCCCCGCUUCAUGAGUGCCUGGGCCCAGGUGGUUAUUGCCUUUGUUCUGAUUAGUCUGCAGCUGGCUGUGGAAGUCACGCUGAUCGUGCUGGAACCCCCUGAGCCAGUGAAAAGUUACCCCAGCAUCAGGGAGGUCUACCUCAUCUGUAACACAAGUAACGUGGGCGUUGUGGCUCCACUGGGUUACAAUGGCCUGCUCAUCAUGAGCUGCACCUACUAUGCCUUCAAGACCCGCAAUGUGCCCGCCAACUUCAACGAAGCCAAGUACAUUGCAUUCACCAUGUACACCACCUGCAUUAUAUGGCUGGCUUUUGUGCCCAUCUACUUUGGCUCCAACUACAAAAUUAUCACCACCUCCUUUUCGGUCAGUCUCAGCGUUACCGUAGCACUGGGCUGCAUGUUCACACCCAAGAUGUACAUCAUCAUCGCCAAGCCUGAGCGCAACGUACGCAGUGCCUUUACAACCUCAGACGUGGUUCGUAUGCACGUGGGCGACGGGAAGGCCGCUCCCUGCCAAAGCAAUAGCAUCCUCAACAUUUUUCGCAGGAAGAAAAACAACCAUACAACCAGCAGCACCAAUCCUAAUGGAAAGUCUGUGUCAUGGUCUGAAUCAGGUGCCAGACCGCAGGGGAGGGGGUCGAGUGUGUUCCACAGACUGUCUGUGCAUGUGAGGAGGCAAGCAGUCGGCCAGAGUCAGACAGCGGUCAUACGACCCCUAACUAAUGCCUCACAACCCCCCAACCCAGAAUAUGAUGCUGGACUCAACACAGCCUCCAAUGGCUCACGCCCUGACGACAAGGCCAUCUACAACCUCAAUGAGGAGCACGAUAGGGGUCAACAUCCCCAACAACAACAUCAAACAACACAAGAGGAAGGAGUUCUACCUUCUUAUUCUCCCACUCACUUAAUAGACCACAUUAGUGAUUGUCCACAGGGGAGGCAAGUGGAUACUCUGAGCUCUACAGUUCCUGAUUUUGAUCAAUUUGUAAUGGACAAAUGCAACAAGUUGAGUCCCACCUAUGCUUCAUCUGCCAAUAAGUUACCUCUUCCCCUGCAGGGGGAGGUGUUCUCUAAGGAGGGAUCUGAAAUGGAGGCUCUUGACCUCAUUCAUGGGUUUUUGUGCGAUAGUGCUACACAAGAGGAAGAGGAAGGUGUAGAGGAGUUGGCCCAGAGUAAGCUGACACUGCUCACUCCACCCUCUCCAUUCAGGGACUCACUGCAGCCAGGGGGCUCCAUACCAGGAUCCCCUGCCUCUGAUAACGACCCUCACUUUUCCCAGAAUAUGAAUUACACCCCCAUGCAGAGCUCUUUUACACUGUAAAAGCACAUGAUCAGGACACGGUACAAAUGGCGCUGUUUAAUAAUCAAUCACUCCAGGAUAUCAUUCACUUGCUUACUUGGCUAUCUACGACUUCUUAGUCAAAAUACAGUAUUUCAGAAAGCAAAGAGGUCCAUUAAAUUAACAAAUGGAAUGUCUUGUUAUGGAAUAUAUUUCUCCAAGGCUGCAAUGGCAGCAUCUGUUUUCCAAAACGCUGUGGAAAUUUGGAGUGCCAAAUAUUAUUGUGUUGCUGUGCCCACAAUCUGCUGGCAAAUUACAUCACAACAGUCCAGGAGUGAUAAUGCCAGCUUGCUGCUUCACCAUUUUACUCUUAGUAUUUUUGAACAAAGAUGAAACACAGGACAUCUCACUUUCUGGGAUUUUAUAUGCUUUUGAACUAUGUAGCUGGACUUGAUUCUUAUAUACAAUUUAGUUAAAACUGCUAAUAAUCAAUUGUGGAGCCGAGGGACUUUUGGAAGUAGACAGCACAGUGAGAUAAGUGCACACAAACAAAUAUUUGCACACAUGUAAAUACAGGAAGGGAAAAAUAAGGGUGUUAGUUUCGCUCCGCUGAUUAACAUUUUUAAAUAGUUCUCUAACUUUAUUUGACUCAAAGUGAAACAAGUAAACCAUGCACACACAAUACACCAAACUUGGAGUUCCCCAGCUGAGGUAUUGCCCAAUUUUCUUGUGACACCCAAAGUAGUCAGAGUCAAACGCAAGUUUCAGUUGUUUUGCUUAAAGAGUCAGAGACAAGGAUUCUGAUUGUAACGUGACAUCACUGGUAUUGAAUACUAUUUUAGUGGAGCCAAGGUAAAUAAAAAAAAGAGGUUUGUUAUUCUUAUCAGCUUUAUUUUGUCUCAUGCGUGAACUCAUCCUUGAAAACGGGAGAGACAUUUUGCAAUCGUUUGUAUACUGUUCUGCCAUCUAUUGUUUUCCACACAGAUGGUGUCUUUGUAUCUCUGCUAUAUGUUUCUAUGAUUAGAAUGUGAAAUAUUUGUAAUUUGUAAAAAUGUCUUAAAGGGACGUACUGUAUAUGGUGGCACUGAAGCUGGAGUAAUUUUUCAGCAACUUUUACAAAUCAAAUGAUUUCUCUUUUAAAUGUUCCGUUUUUUUAAUUUUACAUAUGAGUAGUUGCUUUUAGUGGUAAAUUGUAGCAUAAACUGCCAAUCUUGCAUAGGAUUAUCACAUGAAUUUGCAACUGUAAUUCUUUAAGUUGCACUGGACUAUUAGAAUGCAACUUUAAAAUAUAUAUAUAUUCUUGAAUAACUUAAGUAUUGUAAUUGUUAUAGUGGACUGUAAUAUUAGGUAUUUUAGUGUAAGCUGUCUGAAACAGAAUUAUUUGUUAAAUGUAAAGUAACUGACAGAUCACCUGUUUACAUAGUCAAAUUUAUAAAUGAGGGAAAAAGCUUCUUUUUUUUU